CGCGCACUCGAGCUGCAGCGUCGCAAGUAGGUGCAGCAGCCCGCAGCCCGCCGCGCCNCUGCGAGCCGGGACAGCACUCGGCCCCGCGCGCUCCCCGCCCCGCGCCAGCCCUGCCGCGGCGACCUGCUGCAGCGGAGGACCCCAUCGAUCGGAGACCCGGGGAGCAGCGCGCAGCCGCCGAGCCGGACGGGGCCCGGCACUGCGCCUUUGUCCCCGGAGGCUCCGGGAAGUUUGCAGCGGGACGCGCGCGUGAAGGCAGCGUGGGCAGCCCCGACGUCGCCGAGCAACAUGGGCGUCGGGCGCAGCGCGCGGGGUCGCGGCGGGGCCGCUUCGGGCGUGCUGCUGGCGUUGGCCGCCGCUCUGCUGGCCGCGGGUUCGGCCAGCGAGUACGACUACGUGAGCUUCCAGUCCGACAUCGGCUCUUAUCAGAGCGGGCGCUUCUACACCAAGCCCCCGCAGUGCGUGGACAUCCCGGUGGACCUGAGGCUGUGCCACAACGUGGGCUACAAGAAGAUGGUGCUGCCCAACCUGCUGGAGCACGAGACCAUGGCAGAGGUGAAGCAGCAGGCCAGCAGCUGGGUGCCGCUGCUCAACAAGAACUGCCACAUGGGCACCCAGGUCUUCCUCUGUUCGCUCUUCGCGCCCGUCUGUCUGGACCGGCCCAUCUACCCGUGUCGCUGGCUCUGCGAGGCCGUGCGCGACUCGUGCGAGCCGGUCAUGCAGUUCUUCGGCUUCUACUGGCCCGAGAUGCUCAAAUGUGACAAGUUCCCCGAGGGCGACGUCUGCAUCGCCAUGACCCCGCCCAAUACCACCGAAGCCUCUAAGCCCCAAGCACUGAGGAUGAAAAUCAAAGAAGUGAAGAAGGAAAACGGUGACAAGAAGAUUGUCCCCAAGAAGAAGAAACCCCUGAAGCUGGGGCCCAUCAAGAAGAAAGAGCUGAAGCGGCUUGUGCUGUUCCUGAAGAACGGUGCUGACUGUCCCUGCCACCAGCUGGACAACCUCAGCCACAACUUUCUCAUCAUGGGCCGCAAGGUGAAGAGCCAGUACCUGCUGACAGCCAUUCACAAGUGGGACAAGAAAAACAAGGAGUUCAAAAACUUCAUGAAGAGAAUGAAAAACCACGAGUGUCCCACCUUCCAGUCUGUUUUUAAGUGAUACUGGGGCGGACUGGGGGAAGGGGAGUGUGGCUUGGGNUGAGGGUGGGGGCGCGUGGAUGACCCUGGCUCUUGGGGGGGUUCACAUAUUGCUCUCACCCAUUACAGUUGUGGCUUUUGCAUCGCACCUGGCUCUGUUCCUACAGCGAUCCCUCUCCCUUCCCUCCAUAGCCACAUCCAGCUAAGGCCACGGCCCUUUAGAUUAGGAAGGCUUUUUUUUUUUAAGGGCUGCAGCAGGGCCAGCAGGCACGGUGCAAAAGGAGAGGCAGAAUCCUUUCACUGAGCCUCGGGCACAAAAAACAGAAAAUGUUGGCCGGUUUGGAAAAACAAAACAAAACAAAACAAAACAAAACGGAUUGUAAAGAACUGCAGACGGACGGCUGCUCAGCUCAACAUUGUUCGGGACAUUAUUACCAAUUGCUUGUGGAGUCUAAGCCUUUACAGGUAGAAGAGUCUGAUUAUUGCCAAGCCAGGCUGCUUUCAGUUUGGUCGUAAUCCCCCUCUUUCUGCCUUAGACCAUCGCCACCUUCAACACACACACACACACACACACACACACACACACACACACACACACACACACUUCUGAAAGUAGCCAGGGUAUCCCAGUAUAAAAUGGGAUAGCUAAGGGUUUGGGUGGGAGGCCACUGCCUACUCCACCUUCAGUUUUUGAACUGGCCACCUUUGAUAGGAAACUGUAGGUCUCAGAUGGACACUUCUACCAGUCCAUCGGGAUACCAGGAUGCCAGGCAGGGGUCUGCUUUUGUAUGAAGGAGGUACGUGGACAUGAAGAGACAUGAGGCAUUUCAGGCUGAGAAGCCAACAGCUCCUAGUUUUCAACAUUAGAGUGGAAGAAAUGAGCAAAGGUAGAAAUGUCAAGCAGGUCANGAGUCAGGGUGAUUGGGGGAAUCCUGUGCCAACAGCCUCACUUUGUAAUUCCAUCUGUCACAUUUCAAAAGAACAGCACCAUAAGACAGGGAUAAAAACCCACGUACCCUCCAAGGCUUGAGUAAAAGUCCACACUGAGUAUUUCAAAGACUAACGUCGUUGACUGCCCAAGGCUGCCCUCUUAAUACACACACCACCUAUGCAUGUGCUGUGGAGGAGAUGGGCCUCAUGGCUGUGCCUGGCUGCCCAGGGAUCAGUAUAGCUGUGGAAGGAGACAGUAUCCAUAGACUCUGCUUUUCUGCAAGGAGAGCCCUUUUCCUUAUACAUGAUGGCCUAUAAUUCAGACAAAUUUAAAAUCGUUGCCUGCCUGAGCCCUCCACCUUUACUUUUGCAUUCCUCCAGUCAUAUUCUUUUGAGGCUAAGUGCCCUAUCCAAGGAGAUGGUUUCAAAGGCUAACUAACUAGUCUGCAGUUUUCCCAAGUGCCCAGAGGUAUUUCUCAAAGUUGGUAUGCUUAAUAAGUGGUGUAAAUAUUCCAGUUCUCUUAGGCAGCCUUACUCCUGUUGUCCGUGUAGUUCUUAAAAAAAAAAAAAAAAGUUAAUUUCUCCCACCAAGGUCUGAUAAUUCCCACUGCAUCUCAUGGGGCUACAGGGGCUGUCCCUUUGGCAUUCUCAAUCCAGAGGUAGCCAUGGUUAUGAAGAGUCAUCUAGUGGCCUUGGAUUGACCCAGAAACAGGAAAACUCCGGUUACUUCUGAAAGACUCCAGCCUGCAAACUCACCAUGCCAACUUAGUUACUGACCCGAGUGGGGUAGUGACCUAAUUAACUUCAUGUUUAGUAGUCCUANUAUCUUCACACUUUUAAGAAUACUUCNAACCUUCAUCACAAUGUUAUGAGGAACCUUAAGUGAUUUGCCUGUCAUUGUGGAUGAUUUAGAAAUGUGUAUGUGCAUUAGUAAUUAGAAAUAGUCUAACCUCAUUGCCCAUAACUGAAAUGCAAAGUCUCCUGAGUGUGUAGAUCUGGGCCUCGAGCCACUACUAGUUCAGUGCUUGGUGAGGGGGUCUGCUCAUUUUGGGAAAGUGUAUCAUGCGGCAGGGCCCUCUCNGAGUGGCAGAAGACUGCCUACAUGAAUUUUUUUUCUGGGGAUGUUAGCAGUUUCACAGCAUAAAAGGGAGGACCUGUUCUGGGCGGCUCCAGAUUGGGAACCCUCAGGAGGUAACAUCCUCAGGAAGGAUUCACAACCAAUUGAUCGAUCAAUUGAUCCUGUGAACCGUAGCAGCUGUGUCCCCUUAAUUCAGAGUCCCCAGCUUCAGAGUUCUGUUGCGGACCUGUGAGGAUUUCAGACAGACACACACACACAGACCAGUUUUGUCUAUACUACAUCAGCAGUUCCAGACAAAAAGGGAGGCUAUCUAGGGGCNCGAAAGCUGCAUGAUCAGCAGCCUUUGUCCUUUUCAACAAAAGGUGUAACAAACCAAUGUGCAGACUCAUUGGCUUUGUCCCUGGCUUCCAAUGGAGGUGGUCCUUGUGCGCUCUGACCAGCGUUGCCAGUGAAAAGGUCAGAUUUGGAAAGCUUUAAAAUAGUCAUUCCAGAGAGUCAGGGAAAGCUAAACCCACCAAACUUUUGGGAUCAGUAGCUAUCUUAGAAAAUAGACUUGGGAGGCAAGAAUUGUAAGAAUAUUUUGCUUUUUAAAACAUUCUGUAUCAAUCCUCAAAGCUCGUGGUUGGUGGGUUAGCACUAGGUCCUCCCUGGGGCAGAGUCUAAGCCCAGUUCCAGGCUUCCUAUGAAUGUGUAAAUUACAGAAAUCACAUUUCCCAAAGCUAGAACCUGUUUUGUCUUGUUAGCCUCCCUGUAACCAGAUGCUCUGUUGGACCUUCAUAGCCGGAAGUGGUUCAAGAUGUGCUCCAGAAGCAGACCUGGGGCCACAUCUCCAGGAUGGCAUGUUGGCUGCUCUGACCUGGCGCUGUGGGUCCUAAGCACAGAGACUGAAUUCCUGUUGGCCCUGGUUCCCCCUCCCCGCACCCCCUGAGGACUCCACUUUAUAGCCUAAGCCUUUUAUACAAAAGCUUUGAAUACUGUGAAGAUGUUUUACAUUCCUUUUCAUUCCUGUUGUUUCUUAACUACAUUUGACCAGAUGUUUUGAUGUUAUCACGUAUGUUAAUAGUGAUUCCCAGGUGUGUUUUGUUUUCAUGCUUUCCCUGCCAAUGUAUUCACUUCACUAAAAUCACUCGAUCAAUAACAGCGUGAGUUGUGAUUGACCCAACCCCUGUCAUCCACUCCCCAAUGCCCUCCCACUCCNUAUGCUCCCUUGAGUUGCUUCAAUGGUGUUUUCUGGUCCUAGCUGGGUGGGAUGGGGUGGAGGAGACCUGAGAAGGAGCACGGGCAUUCCCUGCCCUCCUUCCCCACUAACCAUCUCCGUAUAAGCCUGGUGUCUGUCUGUCUGUCUGUCUGUCUGUGUGGGUU